CAGCUCGGUGUCCCGCAUGCUCGUUCUGGGGCCGUCCAACAGUACACUGCCUUGCUGGCAUCACUUACAAUUUUGAUUUUGCCGCCAUACGCGACUUCUACUCCCGGUUUAAGACGCUGGGCCCCUGCCCAGACUUAAGACCCCUGCAGAAGUGCGGCAGGUGUGCCAUUGUAAGACGCUAGUCACCUGUUAGGAACUGAAAGGAACUCAGAACCCCAAAAUACCAAAAUAGGACCCUGCCCCUCUGGUCACGUGACCUGACCAAGAUGGCGUCGGCAAGUGCGGAAAUGAUGGAGAUUGCCGAAAGCGGUACCGCAAACUCGGCGUCGGACUCGGACGCCCACGCAGAGCUGAACCAGUCGGGGGACGUGGACUCUCUGCUGAGCCUGGAGCGGCUGGACAGGGCCUCGCCGGAACUCUGGCCAGAGCAGAUACCCGGUGUCUCGGAGUUUGCUUACAAAUCUGUAAGUAUAAACUUACCAGGCAAGCCCCUGGCAGGAAGUGCCUCAGCCACACCCAAGUGGGUUCAGGAGCUGGAGAAGGACGACAUCGACAUGUUACAGGAGUUCGGCAGCCUGACCACAGCUAACCUGAUGGAGAAGGUGCGGGGGCUGCAGAACCUGGCCUACCAGCUGGGGCUGGACGAGGCACGUGAAAUGACCAGAGGAAAGUUCCUGAACAUCUUGGAGAAGAAUCCGUCGUCAUCGUCUCACUCCCACCAACACAGGCCGCUCCAGAAGCCGUCACAACAACCUCAGACACACACGCAGGCCAAGAGGAAAUGAUCGGGCCUCACUCAAGAUGCUUUUACUUUCUUACACAGGGCCACACCUAUUUGAUUUGUUAGUUCUCGGAAUCAAGAUUUUAAUAAAUCCAUAAACAUAAAGUUUAAUCGCAGAGUCAGAAAGACUAAGCAUUGGUGCACAAAGUUUCAAGAGAUGAAUACAGUCAGACCUGGUGUUCAUCUUAGUCGUCAAUUUUUAUCUCUGCAGAAUAUUUUCUAAAAGUAUUCCGAGAAUAAGAAAAACAAACUGGUUUGGCCCAAUGUUCUUCUGUAACUAACCUCUGUACUUAUAACAUGUAAAAACAGUUCACAAAAUUACUUUUUAUCAGCAUAUAAACCAGUGUGUAAAAACUUACAUAUGACUAAAUAUUAACACAUGUAAUCUUGUGUAUUUAUACUGCAAAGUUGUGCUGUACAAAACUAAGUGUUUUAUUCAACCGAUGCUUUGGAUAACUGUCUGUCAUCUUCCAGCAAAUUAUUAGUCGUGGUAGUGUUUUGGACACCUAGCAGCUGCAAUCAGUAUGUCUUCAACUCUCUCCACUUUAUCCUGUCCAUCAGGAGCUUCAUUAGCUCCUGUAGUUUUCUUCCUACUACAACACUCCUAGUCCUCUGUCUUUCAGUUUAAUCCAGGGAAUUGCCCUGAGGAAGGUGCAAAUAUUUCAGUUGCUGCAACCUGUGUUUAAAAUGGUGUUCUGCUGCAAAAUUAGCUCUGAAUUCAUACUUUUGAGUUUUGCAUGGCACAUUCUUUUU